UUCAGUCCUUGUUGCGUAUUCGACCGGCGGCAAUUUUCUCCGCGCGUGGCGUUCGUUUCUUGGUUGCUCGGUUUGCGGACGUUAGGAAAUUGAGGAAGAAAUGGCGAUGGCAACGAGCCAAGUCAAGGGCAGCGGAUGGCCACGGCGAGCGAGUAAUAGCUCAUUCGAGGGAAAAGUGGUGCAGAAUCAAUCUGUGACCAUCAACAGAACAGUUAAUCUUGCAGUCCCCGUGCAACUAAAAAGAACAGGCCUCAUAUAUCCUUUGACAAACUAUACAUUUGGAACAAAAGAGCCACUCUUCGAGAAAGAUCCAUCAGUACCAGCAAGGUUUCAGCGCAUGAGAGAUGAAUUCGACAAGAUCGGCAUGCGGAGAAGCGUAGAAGGCGUCUUAUUGGUGCACGAACACGGAUUACCGCACGUCCUUCUUCUGCAACUUGGCACAACAUUCUUCAAAUUACCUGGUGGAGAACUCAAUGCAGGAGAAGACGAGGUAGAGGGCCUAAAACGGCUCCUUACAGAGACCUUUGGACGACAGGAUGGGGUGAAGCAGGAAUGGGUUAUAGAGGACACGAUUGGCAACUGGUGGCGUCCAAAUUUCGAGCCUCCUCAAUAUCCAUAUGUACCUCCCCACAUUACAAAACCGAAGGAGCAUAAAAGAUUAUUUCUCGUCCAGUUGCAAGAGAAAGCUCUUUUUGCUGUACCGAAGAACUAUAAAUUAGUCGCCGCACCGUUAUUUGAAUUGUAUGAUAACUCGCAAGGAUACGGUCCCAUAAUUUCAUCUUUGCCACAGUCAUUGUGCAGAUUUAAUUUUAUCUAUAUGUGAAAUUAAGGAGAGUAAUAUCAGCAUUAACAAAACUAAGUUUAGCUUACAAGAAUUAUUUUAAGAACAAUAUAGAAUACAUGUGUGUAUAUGAGACUUUGAAUGAUUCCGGCACUUUUGUUGUAUGUACAAAUAUUGUGUAUGUACAAUUUACGGAAAAUUAUAAAUUAAAUCAUUUUUCAAAUAGUACUUAUCUGAUAGUCCAUUGUAUCAACCUUGGCAUGUAACUGUAAGUUAUUUUUAUCUCUAAUAAGGGGUCAGUUUUAAGUAUUAACAAUACUUAUGAAAUAUGACUUGUACUUUAUUUAUA